AUGAAGAAAAUAAAAUUGGUGGCAUAUUUUAUUAUUGUAGGAUUAAUUAAAAAUGUAAUAUGUUUAAAUGUUAUAAACAAUCGAAAAUUUGAAAUUAUUUCUGAUUUACCAACAUAUUAUAAAGAUGGCAAUAAACAUAUGAGGAAGAAAAUGUAUAUGCAUAUAAAUAUGCAUAACUUUGAAAAUAAUAUGAGCAAUGAUAUGCUAAGAAAUAAAUAUAUGGAUGACAAUGAUUCAAAUAAAUAUGAUUUAAGUAAGCUAAAAAAACUAAAAGACUUUAUCAAUAAAUAUAAUUUAAACAUAAAUAUAAAUAAAGAAGAUAUCGAAAAAGUUAAAGCAAAAACAAAAGAAUUACUUAUAUAUAAAUAUAAUGAUGCAAAAAAAUAUUACAAAAUAGUAUCGAAUAAAUUAAAAGGUGAUUCAGUAAUUUAUUACAAUCAAUUUAAAGCUUAUUAUAAUGUAUCUUUUAAUUAUUUAAAAGAUAAAUAUAAUAAUAGUUAUAUACAAGAGUAUGUUAAUAAAAUUCCUUUUUUUAACAAGCCAACACAUUUGUCUAAAAUGAUAAGCUAUAAUUCAGUUAAUAUAUUAUUUUUACUUUUUACUUUAUUUUGUUUUAAAGCCAAUUAUUUAUAUGCCUUUUUUAAAAAAAGAUACGCAUUUAUUGGAGAAUUUCAAAAUACCAAAACAGAAAAGCUAGUUAAAAUACACACAUUAUCUACCCUAUUCUUUUUUUUCUACAAAUUUUGUAUUCUUAGACUUAUAUUUAUUAUUAAUUCAUACGAUUUCUUUUCAAAAAAAUUUUAUCUUGUAAACAAUUUAGUUCAUGUUCUCUUUUUCUCUUACAUUUCUCUUUUCCCUUAUCUCCUCGUGCAAGCUAAUUGGGGUAGUUUCCAUUUGCUUGGAUCAAAAAAAAGUAAAAUGCUCGGUUGGGCUGCCCUUACUCAGCUAUUUUUUAUUUAUACCCGAUUGAUUUUUCAAACCAAUUUAUCUUUUCUGAAAAAAUGGACAGACGAACAAUUUUUUAAUAAAGAUGAAAUACUUAAAGAAAUAAAGGAAAGCAAAAAGAUGGAUUUUUAUGUCAACUUAUUAAAUCAGUAUAGUUUUUUGAAAAAAUUAUAUUUGGGAAAUAAUAAAAUAUAUGAAGUUGCAUUAUACUUACAUAGAUAUAAAUAUUUAUUGGAUAUUGUUUCACCAAUUAAUUCAUUGUUUUAUAUAUAUAUAGUUCAUUCGAUUUAUUUUUAUUUAAAUAAUCUAUCAUUUGCUGGCAUUUAUGUCUCUUCCUUUUCAUUUGCUCUUUUAAUGUUAAAAAUUGUAUCCAAUAAAAUUGAUUUAUACUUUUUGCGAAAAUUCUAA